AUGUCCACUGACUGGUCCCUGGAUUUCUGUCUGGUCUGUGAUCGCCAAACCUCGGGAGGUCCAUACUGUUCCCAAUCUUGUCGCCUGGCUGAGCUGGAUGUGGUCUCAUCGGAGGAUGCCAUGGCCCAAUCCCCUAUUCCACGAGAAUCCUCUACACGAACCAGGAUCUCUCCAUCGUCGGAUCCCAUUGACUCGACUUCGAAUCCUCCCUCAUCCCUCAUCCUGUCUUCUUCGGCAUCACAAACCUCGCUGUCAUCUCUGAAGAGCCAGGCAUCCCACUCCUCCUCGCUGUCGGACCGGCUCCAGGAUGAGCUACGUGAUUAUGCCAGUUCCUUCGAUCCGGUCCGCGACCUGAAACGGCGCAUGACCUCUUGA